UGGUGUUUGUGUGUGUGUUUCUGUGUGAGCGAGAGGAAGAGAGAAUCCGGCUGCUGCCACCGAGCUGCCCGCUCCUGCUGAGGGGAAGAGGAGGAAACAUGAGCUCCAGGAAAGUGAUGGCCAUCCAGGCCAGAAAAAGGAGGCCGAAGGGGAAGAAAGACAGAGCGGGUCACCAUCGGAGGCCUGAGACCCAGCAGAAAGCCCCGGUGAGUGCCCCUCCUCCCCCGCCGCCCCCUCCGCCUCCCCCUGAGCCAGCAGGGCCCCCGGAGCCGGAGGAGGAGAUCCUGGGCUCUGACGAUGAGGAGCAGGAGGACCCCGCGGACUACUGCAAAGGAGGGUACCAUCCGGUGAAGAUCGGGGAUUUGUUCAACGGGAGGUACCAUGUGAUCAGGAAGCUGGGGUGGGGCCACUUCUCCACCGUAUGGCUGUGCUGGGACAUACAGGUGAAGAACUUUGUGGCUAUGAAGGUGGUGAAGAGCGCCCAGCAUUACACAGAGACGGCCCUGGAUGAGAUCAAACUGCUGCGAUGUGUGAGAGAGAGCGACCCCAGCGACCCAAACAAAGACAUGGUGGUUCAGCUGAUAGAUGACUUCAAGAUCUCUGGAGUCAACGGCAUACAUGUGUGUAUGGUGUUUGAGGUGCUUGGUCACCACCUGCUGAAGUGGAUUAUUAAAUCCAACUACCAAGGUCUGCCGCUGCCGUGUGUCAAGAGCAUCAUCAAACAGGUCCUGCAGGGUCUGGACUACCUCCACACUAAAUGUAAAAUCAUCCACACAGACAUCAAACCGGAGAACAUCUUGAUGUGUGUGGAUGAUGCCUUUGUUAGACGUAUGGCCAUGGAGGCAACUGAAUGGCAGAAGGCAGGAGCCCCACCACCAUCUGGAUCAGCAGUUAGCACAGCCCCCCAGCUCAAACCGGUGGGAAAAAUCUCCAAAAACAAGAAGAAGAAGCUGAAGAAGAAGCAGAAGAGACAGGCAGAACUGCUGGAGAGGCGGAUGCUGGAGAUCGAAGCCCUGGAGAGAGAGGCCGAGAGGAGGGAGGAGAGAGCCAAAGAAGGGGGGGAGAAAGGGGACCAUGAACACAACCCACCCUCACCUCUGAAGAAGACAGGCCUAUCAGAGGAGGCUGAAUCAAAAGGUGCAGAGGAUGGAAAGGAAAAAGAGGAGGAGGAGGAGGAGGAGGAGGAAGAAGAUGAAGAAGUGGAGGAGGAGGAAAAAGAGACUGAAAAAGAGGAGAAGGAGAUAGAGGAGCCAAAGAAUGAGAGCAAAACAGAUGAGGAGGCAGAGGUAGAGGAAGAGGAGUCAAAAGAGAAGGAACAUGAGGAUGAGGAGGAGGAAGAGGAGGAUGAAGAGGAGGAGGAAGAGGAAGAGGAAGAAGAUGAGGAUGCGGACAGGGACAACUCUCUCAGCUCUGGUUAUGAGAUGUAUAACGGAGAGGUGAGCGAGAUGGGACUGACCAAUGGCUCCAGUGAUCGCCACCGGGGCACUAUUCCCAUCUUUCCCGACCUGCCCCUGGAUCCUGUGCCAGGAAACCCCAUUUCUGUUGGAACAGCAGACAUUGGUGAAGGACCAUCACCCAACAGCCCCACAGCUGACCGCAGUCGCACUGUGUCAUCCUCGAGCACAGGGGACACACCCAAAGUCAGGGCCAGAGCAGCAGACCUCCUGAUCAACCCACUAGACCCACGAAACGCCGACUCUAUUCGAGUCAAAAUCGCUGAUCUUGGAAAUGCCUGUUGGGUGCACAAGCACUUUACAGAGGAUAUCCAGACGAGACAGUAUCGUUCCAUUGAAGUCCUGAUAGGAGCUGGUUACAGCACUCCUGCAGACAUCUGGAGCACUGCCUGCAUGGCCUUUGAACUGGCGACUGGAGAUUACUUGUUUGAGCCUCACUCUGGAGAAGACUACUCCCGUGAUGAGGACCACAUAGCCCACAUCAUAGAGCUGCUGGGCUGUAUUCCGAGGCACUUUGCACUCUCCGGAAAAUAUUCCCGGGAGUUCUUCAACAGAAGAGACCACAUCGCUCUGAUCAUGGAGCUCCUUGGGAAGGUUCCACGCAAAGUGGUCGCUGCCGGGAAGUACAGCCGAGAGUUUUUCUCCAAGAAAGGUGAGCUGAGGCACAUCACCAAGCUAAAGCCGUGGUCCCUGUUCGACGUGCUGGUGGAGAAGUACGGCUGGUCACACGAAGACGCCGGCCACUUCACCAACUUCCUUCUGCCCAUGCUGGAGAUGGUGCCUGAGAAGAGGGCCUCUGCUGGCGAAUGCCUCAACCACCCAUGGAUCAACUCGUAGCCACAAACUGAUCAGAAGCCCUCCUCCAUUCCUUCUUGUCCCGACAAAAGUUUGCCCAAACAUCACCCCCUGGUGGCAGCUCCAGGAACAACACGGCCCAUACAUCUAUUACAUGCUUAUCCAAGUAAGACCCUCUCAUGUUUCCUGAAAGGAAUGUAAAGACAAGCCUCUGGAGAUAACAUGACAUAGUAGCUGUGUCUUCCAAACUAUCUCCCAAAAAGAAUCAGAUCAUUUGAAGAUGGAUGCUGAAAGAGAUGGGACUUCUUCUCUUUUUCCAUCAAGAUGUCAGUCAACUUCUUCAUAUCUUUUUCCUUGAUUCACAGUUUGAACCUGUUCACACCACGUCUAGCUGCUGAUCUUAUUAAACAAGGAAGAAGAAAAGUGAGAGCCAAAAGCUCCAUCUGCCAUGACAUUUACAUAGCCAGGGCCUUAUAGACAGACAAGAGUGUUUGUUUUCGUGGGUGAGAGUGAGCACAUGUGCCUGUGCUCAGGAUCUGCCUACAGACUCUUUCUUCCCUUUCCAGCCCAUUUCCCCUGUCUUCCCUUCCCCACCCUGCCAUGGAAGAAUCCCCCACAUGGGACUUGAAGUUUACACCCUUAUUUCUUCCACAGAUCCAACCCCCCCCCCCCCAAUUCCCUUCCUUCUAAAAUAAAAUGAGCCGCAUGCUCCUGCCAGGGGGCCGCCACAGAGAACUGGAGGUCAGCCAGUCCUCCAGGGGGCACCACACUGACAGUCUGACAGAGACAGUACUGGAUGAGCAAAAAAUAUACAAUCAAUUCAACAUGGAGGAGGACUGCUUGGUCUAAAAAAACUAUUUUUAAAAUGCAUGGAGGGACUGAUGGAUCAGCAUGAGCGGAUAUAACAAAUGGACGAUGGAUGCGUUAUUUUAUUCGUGCAUUUCGCCGGUUUCUUUCCUGUUUGACCACCUCUCUUGGAACUUGUGUUAGAAAGAAUUAUGUUAGGAUAUUUUGGUGCCCCUUGUGAGGACCCUUUGUUCUUCUUCAGCUUUUGACAUUCCUAAAACUCAGUCCAUCAUUCCUGACUUUUAACCCCAAAAGCAAUUCUGUUAAGUCCUGCUGUGGCACGUUUACCUGAUCCAAUUGGUACCCCCCCCCCCCAUCCCCGUCCCCUACCCCCCAUAGAGGAACCCUUUGAUCCCUGAGUCUCUCCAGAAAGGGGAUGGUCACAAGGAGGUUGCACUUGUCUUUGUAGAUGUCCUUCAGGGAUUUGAAAUCUUUGUACAUAGAACUGAGAUCUGGCAACGCAGAUAAGCGACCGUGGACAAAGUUUCAACACACAAGCAUCAUUCCAAAAAAAUCAGAGGCUGCUGUUGGCUGACUUCCUCUGAUGCAGCCGCCAUAGCUCUGGCCCUGGAGGAAUGCUCAGACUGAACUGUGACACCUGCUGGCUGACGAGAGUACUGCAUCGCCACACUCUGCUGCUGCUCUCAGUGCCAACGCUCCCGAGACGUUCCACUAGAUCUCAUCACUUAAUCUCUAUUUCUGUCUCUUACACACAGACACACACAGAAACUCGCAUCAUCACGAUUAGUCCAGUUGCCUAUUUUUCGCAAUAAAUGAAAAAAAGAUGAAUAUAAGUAAAUGGUGAGAUAUUUUUAAAAACUAUUUAAUUCAGUAAAAAAGAGGAAAAAAGAAAACAACUUUUCUCUGGUUGUUGUGACCGUGACAGAAUCUCGUCUUAUACUGAGGUGAUUGUGUUUGUCUAUUAGAGAUGUUUUUAUUUCUUUUGUCAUAAUUAUUAUUGAUUAAUAUUAUUAUUGAAAGUUUUUUUUACACAGUUGUCACCUCUCCCCCUCCCUCCUUACUUGAACAGCGCUGUUCUGUCUGGGCUCUAGAUGGUGAUUAAAAAAAUCAAAAGUUUUGCAAUAAAGGUACAUGAUGAGGUUUUUUUCUUUUUUUUGCACCAAAACCUCCUGAUCUCACUCUUUCAGCCAUGCUGACUGUUCUUCCUGACGACAUUGACAGAAUUGCGUCUCUUGUCUGUGUUUUUCAUUGACAGAUUUAAUAAAAUUGUAAAUUAA